GGCAUCCAUUCAGUGAAUUGUGCUAUUUCCUGUAUAGGCUAAUCGCUGCAAUGGAAGCUGAAAAAUCAACUACAGUGACAAAUCAAGGUCAGAAUGUGAAGUAUUCAGUGGCUGGUGCAACUGGUGUGACCGUGAAUGCUCGCCUGAUCAUCCAGCAAGCUAAUAUCAUUAUUCCUGAAAUACCGACGCUCCAAGAUCACCAAAAAGCCGCCAAAAAACAAUCUCAAGAAUGGGUCGACAACAUUUGGCCUCCCCUCAUCAAUACUACUGCUGAGAUCAUUGACUAUGCCAAUACCUUCCAGGCAACAUACGAUGUGCUGCUGGAAUUGGUUCCAAGACUCCGAGCUGGCGAUGUGGAUGCAAGGGAUGAGUUUGUGCAGGCCCUCAAAGGAGCUCUUAUCCCGGAAUUGCAGAGCAAGUUAUUUAAGGCAAACAAACUUGCUACUAGUACCAAGCAAUUCCAUGAUGGUUUUGAACCAUUGUACAACGAAUUUCAAAAAGAUUUCACAGAAGCAAUCAAAGUGAUGACCAAAGACAACACAAAAAUACAAGAGGAUCAGGCAAGUCUUGUCGAAUGGAAAACUAAAGCCGAUUUAGAAAUCUUUGCUAUUCUUGCCUUUGGAAUAUCUCUACCGGUAACAGUUGUUGCUACAGCAUUGUUGUCUGAAACUGGCGUUGGUGUACUUAUUGGUGGUAUUAUUAUUGUAGGGGAAUUAAUUGCCAUAGGUGUUCUGCUUGCUGAGUAUGCAGAAGCAAUGAAGAAUGUAAAUGAUUUGAUAACUGCAAUCAAAGAAAUGAAAUCUGAAGUUGCGCAGCUCCAUCUGAUCGAGGGCCAAAUAUCUGGCCUCCAAAAGAAUACAGAGAAGGUUGUUGCUUACUCCGCAAAUGUUGCCGACGGAUGGCUUGCACUAAGUGAUGAUAUGAAAGAAACAAUUGGACAUCUUCAAAGUAUUUCACCACAGCAAGCUGCGAUCUACAUCGAGAUCAAUCUAAAAGCAGCCAACAAAGAUUGGGGAGUUGUUCUUCAGCAAGCUAAAAAUCUUCAACCAAAAGGUGGUCAACUCGAGCAGAAGAUCUACGCAACUUCCGAUGAAAUGGUGAAAGCGAUUCAAGCACAAGCCAAGAAUGGAUAAGAGAUACUUCAUUAGUAAAAAACAUGCAUGAAGUGAACAGAUAUACAAUAGAUGUAUAGCUAGCUAUAGGUGUUCGAAACAUAAUACUGUUAUAUAGGCAGUAUUUAUAAGAGACAAUGCAUAUACAGAUGUACAGAUGUCCAUGUUAUGAAACUGUUUUAUCACAGAA